GAUUUAGAUGCCGAAGAACCGCUCGAUAAGCGUAAAACCGGUCGAUUGAGAUUUUCUAACGCGCUACCCAAAUUGAUAACUUAAAUACCCAUAUGUAACGCACACAAUUACCUACUGGUGUUUUCCGAUAUUUUACUGUGGAAUGUAUAGUGUUGAUAAGUAGUGAUUUUUAUCAUAAUACCGAUGAAUUUAAAAAAUAAAUUAUUAAUACAUUCACCAAAUUUUUGAAAUAAAUAAACACCAAAAACGUUCUUACCUAUACAUAACCAGUUAUAAUAAAUGUUUUUAAAGUGCAUAAAAUGACUGUAUCGCAACAAAACAUCGAUCCUCCGGAAGAAUCUCCACCGGAACAACCUAACCAACUACCCGAAGAGAACCAGAAUCCACCGGAUAUCCUAAUACCGCCGAGACGCAAACAAACCCCGACACCCAAGAACCCGCUUCCCUGCAAUGGCGCGAAUUCGGAACCCAACCAGCACUCGAACCCCGACAAAAAACUCGUGAAACAAACCAAAAUCGACGGUUCUGUGGAUAAAGUAAACAUCGUAUCGCCGGCGUCGAGGAGCACGGGCGUCGCGACGGCCAGUAACGCGCCCGACAAAGCGCCGGUUGACGAGCGGCUGGCGCAGCGCCGAAAAUCCCUGGUGCCCAUUUCGAGCAUGGAAGAGGAGAACCUCAGGGAGAGGAUCAGAAUGGCUAAUCUGAGGCGGUGUAACGACAUCGUGGCCAAAGAUGACAAAUACACGAGGGAUACUUUCAGGAUACUCUUUCAGAAUAAGGAUCUUCUGGAACAUUUAUUUAAGUUGUUCGAUCAAUGCAACAAAAAAUGUCUGGUGCAAGAGGAAUGGAUCGAAUUCUUGAAGCAAAGAUUAAUAAACGAAAAACAAAUCGAUUUCGCAGAACAAUUGGAGAGUGUAGCUUACUGCUUGUGUGGGGAGAAGCCAAUUUUCCUGGAACAGUUCUGUGCCAUUUUUUUAACAAAAGGGAUAUCGGAUAAGCUUUUCAGACUAAUAAAUGAGGAAAAUUCUGGUGUUGUAUCGUCAGAAACCGUAAUGGAGUUUUUAAGUACCAUAACAAAUACCAGACCCAGGACUGGCUUCGACCAAGGAAGUGUGAACCGCCUGGAACAGCUAUUUAGACAAACCGUUGGCGAUGGAAAGGAAAUUAAGAAAGAAGAUUUCAAAAAUAUUGUUAUGUCCAAAAACCUCUUUUUUACUGACAGAGUUUUCCAAAUCUUCGACAAGGAUAAUUCUGGAUCCAUUUCUCUGCAAGAAUUUUUAGAUGCUAUGCACCAAUUUGCCGGACAGACACCAGAAGAUAAAAUACGGUUUUUAUUCAAAGUGUACGAUUUAGAUGGAGAUGGUCUGAUCCAGCACAAAGAGCUCCAGCACGUGAUGCGAGCCUGCAUGGAGGAAAACGGAAUGCAAUUCAGCGAAGAACAAAUCGCGGAUCUAACGAUGGCGAUGUUCGAGGAUGCAGACACGAAUAACAGGGGUGCCAUUACGUACGAAGCGCUGAAAAAUCAGCUAGAAAAACACGGCGGUCUGUUAGAGAAUUUAUCAAUCAGUAUUGAUCGAUGGUUGGUUCCACCUAGCGCCAGUACUAAAAAAUCAUCGAUAUUGUCCAAAUGUAAAAAUUAUCGGCCUUAUUACUUCUCUCUGCCCUACUUGAAAAAUAAUUACGUUUAUUUGGCGUUUCUCGUUGGGUUCCUUCUAGUCAAUGCGGCUCUGUUCAUAUCGAGAGCUGUAGAGUAUAAGAAUUCAAACUGGUUCACAAUAUUCGCUAGAGCUUGCGGGCAAUGUCUCAACUUCAAUUGUACCUUCAUAUUAGUUCUGAUGCUAAGGCAAUGCAUAACGUUUUUGAGGACUAGAGGGUACAGUUCGAUUCUGCCACUGGACCAGCACAUUUAUUUCCAUAAAUUGACUGGAGUGUUCAUUUUUGGAUAUAGUAUUUUACAUACUAUCACACAUAUAUGCAAUUUUAGUUUGAUAGUGGUAAAUGAUCCAGUUAUAAAUAACAUGAAUUAUACAGCCAAUCAAUGGCUGUUUACCAGUACCCCGGGAUAUUUUGGGCUAAUAGGUGGCAUAGCCAAUCCUACAGGAAUUGCCCUAUUGGUCAUUCUCAUAGCCAUUUUCAUUAGUUCACAGGCCUUUGUAAGACGAGGAGGAUGCUUUGAAGUGUUUUAUUACACUCAUCUCAUGUACGUCCCAUUUUGGAUACUCCUCACCCUGCACGGUCCGAAUUUCUGGAAAUGGUUCAUCAUCCCGGGCAUUGCGUAUGGAUUAGAAAGGGCGUACAGAUCCCUGUUUCUCGUCACCGAAAGGGGGAAAACCUACAUCAGUUCCGGCUUGCUUUUGCCAUCGAAAGUCACGCAUUUGGUCAUCAAACGACCCAUUCAUUUCGACUUCCACCCCGGCGAUUAUGUCUUCGUUAAUAUCCCAUCUAUAGCUACGUAUGAGUGGCACCCUUUUACCAUUAGCAGCGCUCCUGAACAAGAAGAUUACAUGUGGCUGCAUAUCAGAGGCGUGGGACAAUGGACAAACAGAUUGUACGAAUAUUUCGAAAGGGAGCAAGAGAAGCUUCACAACGGGGAAAUCCCGCCGUCCACGUCGCCUUGCACCGAGAAAAGAUUGUCGAUAGGCAACGAUCAGAAUUGCAAUUCGACUCCCUUGCAGAAAUUACAUGCUACUAUCAAAAGAACGAUAUCAAACGGCGAUCAGCCUAAGAAAACUAACGUUCAAUUAAUUGGAUUCACUAAUGGAACCUACCAGAAUGACGAUAACAGCAAAGACAGUAACGGCGAUAUUGAAUUAACACCUAGUACUUCAGAUACACCAAAUCCACCUAGAAAGAUACCUACAGAAAAUCGCUUACAAAGACUCAUAUUCGCCCACAAAGUCCCUUUGGAAAAGUCGCUAUCCAUGCCAGACAUGCAAAACAAGGCAAAGAAACGGGAAAGAAUGAUGGUGUUGAGGGAGUAUAUGCGAUCGGAAUCCGAGAAAAGCUUCAACGAAUGUCAAAUAAAAAGAGCCAGGCUCAAAUCGCUGGGACUGGCGUAUCUGAGUCCUCAGAACAAAAGUUUGGCUCAAAGUUUCAGGUACAUGAGAAACAAGCCGACGAUUAUCGCCUUUAAAACGCCCAGUUUGGAGAAUUGCGAGAAGAAGGAAUCGAACAGCUCGUUGGGGAGCAUAGGAAACAUGGUUCGACAAAUUAGCCAAAAAAGCUUCACUUUCAGUCCGGAAAGGCUGGCUGAAGAAGGCCAAGUCGUGCCGAAGUUUACAGAUACACAAUUCACGCCAAAUGUGGCUUGCUCGAAGGCGGUGAAUUAUCCAGUUGGAAAACCAUUGGAGCCUAAGUACCAAAAGGAGCUUCGGAUUGAUGUACUCAAUAAAGAAGGAACUGAGAUCUACUUGGACGGUCCUUACGGCGCCCCGUCCAGCCAUAUUUUUAGAGCCCAACACGCCGUUUUAAUAGCAACAGGCAUUGGGGUAACACCCUUUGCGUCGAUACUACAGUCUAUUAUGCACAAAUACUGGAAAGCCAGGCACACCUGCCCUAAAUGCAAGUUCUCCUGGGCGAGUGACAUACCUGCUACAGUUAUGAACCUCAGAAAGGUUGAUUUCUUCUGGAUAAACAGAGAUCAAAGAUCUUUCGAAUGGUUCGUUAAUUUGCUCUCUCAGUUAGAAAUAGAACAGGCGGAACUCGGAGGAGCUAUGGAGAGAUUUCUAGAGAUGCACAUGUAUAUAACUAGUGCUUUGCAAAAGACAGAUAUGAAAGCCGUCGGGCUGCAAUUAGCUUUAGAUUUGCUACACGAAAAGGAAAAGCGAGAUUUGAUAACGGGUUUGAAAACUCGAACGAACGCCGGUCGUCCAAAUUGGGAAAAAGUUUUCAAGCAAAUUCUUGACCAGAAGAAAGGCAAAGUUACCAUAUUUUACUGCGGUCCCCCGCAAUUGGCGAGGAUAUUGAGAGUCAAAUGUGAUCAAUUCGGUUUUAGUUUUAGGAAAGAAGUGUUUUAAUAUUUGUUCUGUUUUUGUAAAAGUGUUUUUUCUUGUAUUUUAAUGUAUAAUUAUUGUAAUUUUAUUGUGUUGAUGAAUAAAUACAUGUUCUCGACAAUGUAUGUAAGUGUAAUACAAACAAUAUUUAAAAUAUUUAAAAUGUAUUUAGUUUAAAAAAACUUAGGUAUGUAACAAAAGUUAAUUGAAAAAUUUCUACUUUAUUCAGUUUUCACUUCGACUUCCUCGCUAUUUUCUUCAAUUUUGCAAUCUGCAAUUUCGCUUUUUGACAAUAAAAUAUCUUUGCUCUCUAAAACUAUUUUAUUGGUUUCUUCUGGUUCCACUUUUUCCAUCUUCUGGGGUUUUAUCUUGGCACUUUUUUUCAUACUGGUUAGUAAAUUUUCCUCGGAUUUUCGCUUUUUAUGGUCCUUCACUAGCGCAUCAUAUUUGGUUUUAACAGCAUUUAAAUCAGUUUUGGACAUAUCCCAAUCCAGGGCGUAAUCUAACCGACUUUUGGUGGGAUCAAUUUCACUGGAAUAAUCCGGUAUUUCCAAUCCGAGUUUUUUCAUUAUUUUCGUCAUUACGUCGUCAACGUAAGCGUUGAUAAUGAGAUCAGCUUUUUUAUCCUAAAAAUUAAGGUAC